AUGACUUCUGUCUAUAUCAACUAUCAGCCCAGCGAUGAGGAGACAAGACACCUUCUCCGCGAGGUCUCACUUCGUCCAUCGAUCUGGGACAGUCGCAUCAAAUUCUCCGAGCGCCGGCCGCAAAUCCCUUUGGACUGGAUGAAUGUGUCCAUUGCGAUGGGACUUUGCGUGGACGAGUGCAAGCGGCGUUGGAAGAGUCUGCGGAACAACUACCGCGCCAAGAUCCAUCGAGGCAAUGACUCGUGCUGGCAGCAUUCCAAGCAGAUGGAGUUCGUGCGCGACGUCUUCCCGCCACACAACCCCAAGACUCCUAAGCGGAUGCAACGGGUUGAUCGGGUGAAGGAACGCAAGCUAUUUCUGCAUCCGCAGAAAUAUCUGGAAUCGGUGGAGAGUUAUUCGGCGUUCAAAAAGGGUGGCAUCGAAUUCGAGGCGGAGGAGAGGCUCUUCCUGGUUACGGACGAGCCGCCAUUCGGUCUGGAUGUGGACGAGGAGGCGACCAGGCUAUGGGGCAGCGAUCAAUGGUUGCGGCAAACCAAUCUGGAUGCCUUACUGCCCAUUUAUACAGCGCCACCGCCAUCAUCCGAAUGCAAAAUAACCAACGAAUCGAACCUCCAAUUCAUGCUCAGCAUGGUGCCCAUACUCCAAUCGUUGAGCGAUCACAGCAAGGAGCGUUUCCGCAGGUGGACACGUCGCGUGCUGAGCGAUAUGCUCAUCGCGGAGCAGAAGCUGCCGAUCAAUGGUGAAACAGCCAUGAACAUUUUAUAAAAGUUCACUACAUUGUCACU